UCAUUUUCAAAACCUUUAGUUUUGUCAUCAAUUUCUCCAAUGGAUUCUAACUGGAAUGCCAAGUGGGAGGAAAUGAGACUAAAAGAGGAGGAGAUGAGGCGAGAAGAGGAGGAAGAGGAAGCAGAAGCUGAUGCAAGGCGAAGAGAUACAACACAACUGGUAACCGCCGCAACAAGUUGGUGGGCUAAUGAGCAACUCCUGCAACAACCACAAUGGGGUGGCUCGGUUGUAGGUCGAACUUAUUCAAAUCGACAGCGUGAGUUGUUCAACCAAAAAUUGUUGAAUGAUUACUUCGUUGAUGAUCCAGUGUACAGUGAUCAUACUUUCAGACGUCGAUACCGGAUGAGGCGGCACGUGUUCCUUCGCAUGCUAGACCAUGUCCAGGCAGCAAACCCCUACUUCAGACAGACAUGUGAUUGUACCGGCCAAGCUAGUUUUUCACCACACUAAAAGCUAACAUGCGCACUCCGAAUGCUUGCCACUGCAUGCUCUGCGGAUUCACUUGAUGAAUCUUUUAGGAUGCCUGAGUCAACAGCCAUCGAGAACCUCGAUCAAUUCUGUUGUACUAUUGUCACAAUCUAUGGGAGUCACUACCUCCGUGCACCAACAACAGAUGAUCUGGAUAGACUUCUCAAGAGAGCUGAAAAGCGAGGGUUUCCUGGGAUGCUAGGAUCAUUGGACUGUAUGCACUGGCAGUGGAAGAAUUGUCCAACAGGAUGGCAAGGAAGCUUUAGUGGAAAAACAAGAAAGCCCACAAUUGUUCUUGAAGCUGUGGCAGAUUUUGACAUAUGGAUCUGGCAUGCUUUCUUUGGAAUACCAGGGCCCCAAAAUGACAUCACUAUUCUUGGGCGUUCACCACUAUUCGAUGAACUUACAGCAGGUAAUUCACCACAACUAUCUUAUGAGAUUAACAAUCACCGACACAAUACUGGCUACUACCUUGCUGAUGGCAUCUAUCCGAAAUGGGCUACACUUGUCCAAUCUAUAAGGCGUCCUCAAACUGAAGAGGAAGUGUAUUUUUCUAAAAAACAAGAGUCAUAUCGCAAAGAUGUUGAAAAUUGCGUUUGGAAUACUCCAAGCACGACUUGCAAUUGUUAGGCAGCCUGCAAGAGGGUGGGAUAGGGCAAAACUUAAUUUGAUUAUAUUUGCAUGUAUUAUACUCCAUAACAUGAUUGUGGAAGACGAGCGAGACGACUAUUAUCAAGGGGAGUCUGAUGAUGACGAAGCUGAUCCAAAUAGAUCUAGGAGAGCCCGGGCUAGAAUUUAUGAUGGCCUAAAUUUUCCUCGUGAUCCAAGAACUGGCUAAAUCUCAAUGGAGGAAUACAUGCUUCGUUAUAGGAUGAUACGCUCACGUUACGCAAACAAUGAUUUGCAAAAAUACCUUAUCAAACAUGUUUGGUCAAGACGAGGACAAAGAAGACCCUGGUGAUAUGGAUGUGGCUUGUUUUCAGUUUAUAUAUUUGUAGUUGUAAUAACUGACAAUUUAUUGUCAUGUUUGAGUCUGUCUUUGCAUUGUCUUCGUUUUUACCG